AUGCGGCAAUUGAUACGGCAGUAUGCCACUGUGCAAACAGUCACACAAAUAGGAGCAUUCCCACUGAAUUCAACUAUUUACCUGUUGAUUCAGCCAACUGGUAGAAUCCAUCUUGGGAAUUAUCUCGGUGCAGUGAGGAAUUGGAAAGAUUUAGCUCAAGAAUCUUCUAGCCAAGACAUACCUUCUAAUUGUAUAUUUGGUACUGCUGAUUUACAUGCUAUUACUGUAUUCAAGGAACCCACGGAGCUCAAGAAGUUUAGAUAUGAAACUUUGGCCAGUUUACUAUCGGCAGGUUUAGAUCCAACAAAAUGUAUUUUGUAUCAUCAACUGUCAGUACCUGAACACAGUCAACUUUCAUGGAUCUUUACAUGUUUGACCAAUAUUGGAAGUUUGAACCGAAUGACCCAAUGGAAACUGAAAGCUCAUCUAAAUGAUAGUGGUAGUUUGUUUGAUGAAGAAGUAGGGAAGGCUAAAGCCGGAUUAUUAUGCUAUCCAGUAUUACAAGCAGCUGAUGUAUUGCUAUAUAAGGCAACUCAUGUACCUGUUGGAGAUGACCAAAGUCAACAUUUGGAAUUGACAAGAGGUAUAGCCACUACUUUCAAUCAUAGCUAUAAGACUAAUAUGUUUCCUUUACCAAAGACACUCUUAACUCCGACCAAGAAGAUUCUUUCCCUUAGAAACCCCGACAAGAAGAUGUCCAAGUCAGAUCCCGAUCAGAAUUCGUGUAUCUAUGUUAACGAACAACCCGAGGCAAUUGCCAAAAAGAUCAGGAAGGCAACUACAGAUUCAAUCCAAGGUGGUAUAUACUAUGAUCCCGACGGAAGACCGGGAGUCUCUAAUCUCAUUAACAUAGUCAGUGGAAUCACCCGAAAGUCAAUUGAUGAUACAGUUAAAGACAUGGAAUGGAUGACUAAUCACAAACAAUUGAAAGACUAUGUCACCGAAGUCAUUGUGGAAGAAUUGAAACCUCGUAGACACUUAUUUGAUGAACUCAUGACCGAUAAGGCUUAUUUAGAGCAAAUAGCCAAUGAAGGCAGUAGAAAAGCUAGGGAGAUAGCCACGACUAAUAUGGACCAAAUUAAUAAGUUAAUUGGGUUUGAUUAA